CUUGACAGGACACGCGAGGAAGAGUGACACGGUACACAUGUACUGUAUAAGCUAUACAGUACAUGUGUGUUAUAUGUGCGGAUACUCGGUCAGAUGUCGCUUCAGUAAACGAACUAUCCUCUGCCGAUGUGACGUGAGCUGACUGAAACACCGGUCAAUACAACCAGAGAUCUUGGAAUGCUGCUGGACGAGACUCCGCUCUUUGAGCCCUCUCUGCUUAAGGAGCUCGACUGGAGCUGCAACUCUGUGUCCUUCUCUCCACCCAUCUCUCCGUCCAGCCCCGGAGAAGGCCUGGUGCUGAGGCCGCUUUGUAUGGCCGACUUCAAUAGAGGAUUCUUCAAAGUUCUAUCUCAACUCACGCAGACAGGCGAUGUCACACCCGAGCAAUUCACAAAAAAGUUUGAGCACAUGAAGAUGACGGGGGACUACUUUGUGAUUGUGGUGGAGGACACAAAUCUGGGACAGAUUGUUGCUACGGCCACAUUGAUCACUGAACACAAAUUCAUCCACUCCUGUGCUAAGAGAGGCCGGGUGGAGGAGGUCGUCGUGAGUGACGGUUGCAGAGGGAAGCAGCUGGGCAAACUGUUAGUUUCAACUCUCACUCUUCUCAGCAAAAAACUGAAUUGCUACAAAAUCACUUUGGAAUGUGCACCCAAAAAUGUGGCUUUUUACCAAAAGUUUGCCUAUGGUGCAUCAGAGGAGACCUACAUGCAGUGUCGAUUCUCCGACUGAGGACAGCAGCAGCUUUGAG